GGGCUGCUUGAGUAUCUUCUCUCUGCCUGCAUCCUCUUCUUUAAGUACAUUGGGCUUCUGCUCAAUUAACAAAUGGAGUUUGGAGGAGUCAUGAGAUCUUAUAACCAUCUUCUUAUUCUUAUCUCUAUCCUCCUCUUUUCACUUGUUGGAGGAAUUACGGCAGUUGCCAGAGGCGGAGAGCUUCGCCGGAAAGACUUUCCCGGCGACUUCAUCUUCGGAACAGCCUCCUCAGCCUAUCAGUAUGAAGGAGAAGCAAGAGCUGGAGGCAGAGGACCCAGUAUUUGGGACACCUUCACACAUACCCAUCCAGAAAGAAUAGCCGACAGAAGCACUGGUGACGUAGCCGUAGAUUUCUACCAUCGUUACAAGGAGGAUGUACGGCUGAUGAAGGAUUUAGGCUUUGAUGCGUUCAGAUUGUCGAUCUCUUGGUCCAGGAUUCUUCCUAAUGGAAGCUUGAGCGGUGGAGUAAAUAAGGAAGGUGUGAGGUAUUACAAUAAUCUCAUCGAUGAGCUGGUAGCCAACGACAUAAAGCCAUUUGUGACGCUUCCCCAAGCUUUGGAAGACAAAUAUGGAGGUUUCUUAUCCCCACAAAUUGUGGAUGAUUUUGCAAAUUUUGCCGAUGUUUGCUUUCCAGAGUUUGGUGAUCGAGUGAAGCAUUGGAUCACUUUGAACGAGCCUGUGACAUAUACUCUUUAUGGUUAUGCCUAUGGAUUUUUUGCGCCACAUCGAUGCUCUCAUGGGGCUGCCGGAUUAUGUAGUGCUGGCAAUUCUGGCCGCGAGCCUUACAUUGUAGCUCAUCAUUUAAUACUAGCUCAUGCGACAUCAGUCAGACUCUAUAGACAGAAAUAUCAGGCAUAUCAGAAAGGUGAAAUAGGCAUAACUCAAGUUACCUACUGGAUGGUACCUUAUUCCAACUCCAAGGCCGACAAAGCAGCGGCAAGCAGAGGAUUAGAUUUCAUGUUUGGUUGGUUUAUGGAUCCUUUAAUUCGAGGAGAUUACCCAAGUACCAUGAGGGAACAUGUCGGCUAUCGGCUACCAAAAUUUACAGCGGAGCAGAGCAAAAUGGUCAAUGGGUCAUUUGAUUUCAUUGGGCUGAAUUACUACACAGCUAUUUAUGCUAACCAUAAGCUGUAUGCUAAAGGAUUGAACCCCGGCUAUGACAGCGAUAGGAAUGUUAAUCUUACAUCCUAUCGUGAAGGCAUUCCCAUUGGUCCGCAGGCAGGAUCAAGCUGGCUCUACAUCUACCCAAGAGGGGUCCACGACCUCUUGCUUUACACAAAGACAAAAUACAACAACCCAGUCAUUUACAUUACAGAGAUUGGUGUACCUGAUAUUUAUAAUGGAACCUUACCAAUUGAAAAUGCUUUGAAAGAUGAUGUAAGAAUAGAGUACUACAGACAACAUCUCUUAAACAUUCGAAGGGCUAAUAGGAAAGGAGUAGAUGUGAGGGGCUUAUUUGCAUGGUCUUUGCUUGAUAAUUUUGAGUGGACAGAUGGAUACACCAUCAGAUUCGGACUUUGUUAUGUAGAUUACAAAGAUGGCUUGAAGAGAUACCCAAAGAAUUCAGCACUUUGGUUUAAGAGAAUGCUCUGUUAAUGUUGUUUCAGUAAGAAGGAGAAGAAGGCUAAAUCGAGAGCAACGAAUUAGUUCAUUUCAUUCCUCUACGAGUAGAAGGAAUAUCCAACAUUCCAAAAAAUAUUUUUGGUGGUGAACCCAACUUCUAAUGUUUGCAUUAUCAAGUGGAGUUCCAAUCCCAUCAUGAUUCAUGAGAUAUUUUAUCUAAAUUUGUGUUUAAUAAUUUAUUUUAAAGUGUAUGACAUUAUCAAAUUGGUUUUGAGAUUGUUCAACUAUUGGGGUAAAUCCAGCUCUUGAAAUAUCAGCU